AUGAAACUGCCCUCGCCUGAAAAACGUCGUACGAGAAUAUCAACAGGGGUGUCGUCCGUUGAGAAUGUCGCGUCUAUCGCGUCAACACACCCCUUUACGCAGCAACUCGAUCUCGUUUUUCCAUCCGACCCCACGCUAGAGGCAUCACUAUUAAAACUCGAGACACGGUAUGCAAAAGGGAAGACGACGCUCUCAAACGUCAUCAACAGCGCUGAUGUAUUCGUCAACUCUGUCAAACCAGAAUCGUCGGUGUUGAUGCUGAGCACGAACGACGACGACGACGUGUGGUGUAUUGACCCACGAGGUGUAUUGACCUUAUCCGUGGCGACGGAGACGUACGAGCAGCUUGGUCUCUUGGGGGAGCCAUUGCCAUUUAACAAUCAUAAAGACCAGCAUGUUAUCCACCUCCCACUACAAAGAAAUACGGAUUCUGCUAAGAACCUAGCUAAGCGAAAACGGGCGAUCGAGGGUUGGGAUAAACGGAGAGAGGAACUGUGGGACGUGGUUUAUUGUUCAAAUGCAUAUGACCUAAACUCGACGCCAGACUUUGUCCCAGAAGGAGGUCAAGUGUCCUAUGUCCCUGUUUCCUGCGAACGAAGGGAGUUGAAGAACGUGCAUAUUCCAUUGCCCAAUAUCAAACCACGUCCUAAAGUCUCAAAGUCACACGGCGACGACGACGACGACACGAUGGACGAGUGGAAUAGAGACGCCGGAGCCUUCUUCGAAUGGGUAGGCUUAGCGUGUCUCGGGUCACAAAGGCUCUCCGCGAACGAUCGUGUGGAUCCUUUUGUUGCGCUCUACGAUCCUCCGAGCCCAUCCCUAAUCGGGAACGUUACCCACCUACGUUGGCGAGGACUGCUGUCGCCUAGUUUCGUACAACGGGUGCUUGAAGCUGCAUUAAGCAUUGCAGAUCCAUCAAACAAGGAUGCAUCGGGGCACGGCCCUUUUUUCUGUAUCACUGCGCAAGGGAUAUCCAAAUGUCCUGUCUCCUACAUCCCUCGUAAUGCAAGCCAAGGCAAAGCAUCAAAUUUGCACAGUCCAGCGCGGCUUCCAAGGGUGGAUGGAGAGGAUACCUGGUGUCUGUUGGUCACCCUCGUAGACGAAGGUGACCUUUCUGGUGUUCAAUGUUCUAUGGUUGAGAGUUUGGGCCAAUGGGAUACACGGUGGGGGUAA